UCCCCGUAGAUUAGAACAUCCAACUCUCUCCAAAAGCCCCAAACCCUAACGACCCAUUAAACAAAAAAAUGCACUUGUUCUCUGCAUAUUCAACCAAAAUGUGGAAACUGAAUAAUAGCAUAACCACCACCUUCAAAACCAGUUCACUGAUUCAGAAGACAAUACUCCAAAACACAUCACCCAUUAACGCGUUCGCAUCAACAAGAAGACCCUUUUCACAGUCGACCUCCAUACCCAAGAAGCUCCAAAGGGUGCGAGACCAUGGCUACGACAACUACAUGGAGGUCGAGAAGAAAAUGCGCAAAGUCCUCAAGUUCCAAGACCUCAUUCUCUCGUUACCCAGUUCCAUGGUCUCUAUUUCUCGCCUCGACACCCUCGCUCGCCGAAUCGGCUUGAAGCAAUUCGAAGCCGGCCGAUUCAUCCUCAAAUUCCCCCACAUCUUCGAGAUUUUCGAACACCCAGUUCAGAGAAUUCUCUAUUGCAGACUAACCCGAAAAGCUCUGCUCCAAAUUGAUCAGGAGAAGGAAGCCCUUCUUGCCCAAGUCCCCGACGCCGUGACCCGUCUCCGGAAACUCGUCAUGUUGUCCAACACUGGCCGUCUUCAGCUCGAACACGUUCGAAUUGCCCGUAAAGACCUUGGGCUUCCGGAUGACUUCGAAUUCUCGGUAAUUCUCAAGUACCCACAAUUUUUUAGAUUGUUUGAUGCCAAGGAAACUAGGAAUAAGUACAUUGAGACUGUAGAGAGAGAUCCAAAAUUGGCCGUGUGUGCUAUAGAGAGACUCAGGGAGAAAGAGUAUAGAGAGAAGGGAAUUGAUGCUGAAAAUAUUCGGUUUUCAUUUAUUGUGAAUUUCCCACCUGGGUUUAAGAUUGGCAAGUAUUAUAAAAUUGCUGUGUGGAAAUGGCAACGGAUUCCAUAUUGGUCCCCUUAUGAUGAUAUUUCGGGUUAUGAUUUGAGGUCGCUUGAGGCGCAGAAGCGGAUGGAGAAGAGGGCUGUUGCGAUGAUUCAUGAAUUGUUGUCGUUGACAGUGGAAAAGAAGAUUACUUUGGAGAGGAUUGCACAUUUCCGGUUAGUGAUGAAUUUGCCCAAGAAGCUCAAGGAGUUCCUUCUUCAACAUCAGGGAAUAUUUUAUAUAUCAACAAGGGGUAAUCAAGGGAAGCUUCAUACAGUUUUUCUCAGGGAGGUUUAUAAAAAAGGGGAGUUGAUAGAACCAAAUGAUUUGUAUUUGGCAAGGAGAAAGCUUGCUGAGUUAAUUUUGUUGAGUCCUAGGAAAGUUAAGGUGGAUAGAGAACUGGUCAGUUAUAGGAGGAAUGGAGAAGAUGAUGAAAUGGGGAGCGUCAAAAGAGACUGUGUUGAGAAUGCUUUUGAUGAUUUUGAGACAGAAGACAGUGUUAGACACGUCGGGGAGGGAAAAGAUGAUUUGCGGUCAGAUUUGCUGCAUUAUGAUGAUGUCUCUGACUAUACGGAUGGGGAUAAUGAUAGUGAGGAAGGUGUGGAUGCAGGACUGAGAUAAGAAUUUCGCUUGAAUGGUCUUUAUGAAAUCUUUGCAUUUCUAGUUAUUUGCUGUCCAUUUUUGCUUCAAAGUGUCGCUGUCUUUCAAUUCUAGAAAAGCAUUCGGACAUUGCUAGAGAGAACCAUGCAUCUUGUUCAUCAUAUAACUUAUGAAGCUCAUCAAUGGCUACAGAUUGGCUGAUUAUAUAAGGAUGGCAUGUGACCAAGAAUGCACUCUCGUAAAGAAUUUGUAAGUUGGACUGUGUAAUUGGUGGAGAUUCAACUUGGUAUGGGUUUGGUUCUUACUAGAUGAUAUUGUGAAGGAGAAGAAGGUUUGAUAUGUCAAACUGAUCUAAUUUUAUUCUUGAUGAGCUGAAAGUUACAUAUUUCAUGGGUGUAUUUGUCCAUUCAAUGGCUACUUAUUAUUAUCAAUCCAGAGCAAGUCUGACAGUAACGUUUGCUGAGGCGGGAAAGUUAAGGUUUUUCCAGAAGAACCAGAAUGUGAAGAAUUCUUGCUUCACUAGGCUUCCUGUGCAUAUUCAUGUGAAGAUGAAGAACAAGGACAUGAGGAAGAGUCGCACUAGAACCCUUUUCUUUUAGUUUGUUCUUUUGGAAGUUGUUUCCUUGAGACAUGAGUUUUGUUUAUAUGUUUUGGUUUUUGUAGGACGUCUUUUGGUGAUGUACUCUUUUCUUUUUGUUGUUUGCACUUGUAACUAUCAAGACAAAUAAAUAAAAGGCAUGCUUGUUUUGUUUUCAUCA